AUGUCCUCUGCUCAUGAUGCCACCACCAAGAUCUCCAUCGACAAGUUCGACGGCGACAACUACGCGACGUGGAGCCGCUACAUGCGUGGCGUGUUCCUGACCAAGUCGGCGUGGCACGUGGUGAACCAGGAGACGUCGGCGACCUACGCGGACGAUCGCGCCAUGGACGACUACGUCAAGACGAACAACAUUGCGUUCGGCUUGAUGCUGCUGCACAUGAGCGCGGAUUAUCAUCACGUGGUUGAUGACUGUGAAGAGGCGUGGGUCGCGUGGGCGCGUUUGAAGACGCUGUACGGCGGGUCGCAGAAGGCUGUACGCAUCUACUUGAAGCGCCAGAUGUUCAGCAUGGAGAUGGCGGAAGGCGGCAAUGUGAUGCAUCAUUGCAACGAAGUCCUCAACAUCAGCGCGAAGCUCAGCAGCAUCGGCGCCAAGAUGGAGGACGAGGACGUGGCGAUCUGCUUGUUGUGCAGCCUCCCCAAGAGCUACGAGAACGUCGUUCUCAACUUGGAGAUGAGCAGCGCGGAACUGCGAUCGCGAGACGUCGUGAGAGUGCUCACGAAUGAGCUCAUCAAGAGGCAAGGUGACAAGACGACAUCGGUGAAGACUGAAGACGCGGCGAAGGCGUUCACUACCGAGCGUGAACCUCGCCAGUGUACAUACUGCGGAAAAUUGGGGCACACGGCGGAGCGGUGCUGGACCAAGCAGAAGGAUGAAAAUCAAGGUGGAGCUCGACGCGGCGGCAACAAUGCUCGUGGACGCGGAGCCAGCAACGUUCAGUGGCUAACCAACAACAACAACGACGACAACCUCGAUCGAGUUGCGUUCGCGGUUUCGCUGGAGGCUGGACUUUCGACGGGCAAGAAUAUGCCAGGGAUGUGGGCGGUCGACAGCGAUGCAACGCACCACAUCUGCAACGACAAAGCCAAGUUUACAAGCCUGAAUGAGCGAGAGGAAGACGAACUAUCAGUGGCUGAUGGCAGCAAGGCUGCGAUCAAGGGUGUGGGAACCAUCAUGGAACGGGUGGUUCUGCCCAAUGGUGACGAACGUGACAUCAAGAUCAAGGACGCACUGUUCGUACCAAGUAUGAGCAAGAAUCUGCUUUCGGUGCCACAGAUCAACAAGGGUGGCAGGUUCCAAGUCGUGUUCGAUGGAUCCAAGAUGCAAGUGAAGCGCAAGAAUUCCACACAAGUCGUGGCAACAACGGAUCUCGUCGAUGGACUUUACUGGCUGCGGACUCCUCAACGAUCGGCGAAUGCAGCAACACGCAAUGGGACUAUCGACUUGCAUGCGCGCAUGGGUCAUGCACCCCUCGAAGUUCUGCGCAAGAUGGUGGCCACCGGCAUGAUCAAGGACGCCAAGGCACCUCUCAACUCGACUGGUCCAAGUGUGUGUCGCGGUUGCCAGCAAGGAAAGAUGGUCCAAAAACCAUUCCCAACCAACCGUGACAAACGCCAAUAUGGUGUGUUCGAGUUGCUGCACUUCGACAUCUGCGGGCCAAUGGAACAAGUCUCGAUCGGCGGCAGCAGAUACUUACUGCUUGUGAUUGACGAAGCCAGCGGUUGCAUGAAGGGCUUCUGUCUGCGGUCCAAGUCUGAGAGUGAAGACUGUAUCAAGAACCACAUCAUCAAGAUUCAGAAUCAGUUUGGCACCAAGAUCAAGUUUGUUCGGCACGAUGGAGCGCAUGAGUUUGCGACCAACUCCAUCAAGACCUUCUACGAAGAUCAUGGUAUCGAACAACAUAUCACGGUGCCCUAUGCACACCAGACCAACGGCACCGCAGAACGCGCGAUAAGGACCAUCGUCACGAUCGGACGCAGCUUGUUGCAUCAUGCAAAGCUGGAGAAGUGUUUCUGGGCUGAAGCGGCAAUGACGGCGAUCUACAUCAAGAACCGCCUGCCUUCACCCAAGAUCGACCACAAGACUCCGUUCGAGAUCGUGUACAAGUCGAAACCAAGUGUCAAGCACAUGCGCGUGUUUGGAUGUCGGGCGUUUAUCCUGACACCAAGGGAGAAGCGAUUGAAGUGGGACCCGAAGGCUCGUGAAGGGAUGUUCAUGGGCUACGAAGAAGCGUCAAAAGCUUAUCGAGUGUACGACAUUGAGGCGGACCAAGUGGUGAUCAGUCGUGACAUCACCUUCGACGAAUCGACUUUUGACUUUUCGAUGGACCGACCAAGUGACGAUGAUGAAGAUGCGGAGUUGGACCUCGACCUCCUGGCGAUCAACGAGGACGACGUGCGUCAAACCGUCUACAAGCAGACUGGCAAGCGCAAGAGUGAAGCAAGACCCGGCAUGUCACGUUCAGCUCGCCCUCGAACUGGAUUGGAACAAGCAAGUGCGCCGGAACACGUCUCCAACCGUCACCAGAAACGACGAUCAAGUGCUCCAGAAACGAUGUCUGAUGACGAAGAAGAUGCGAGCGUCUACGAUCAAGAUGACGACUCGACACCUCCAACAUUUUGGCGUGCAAGUGCAAACGCAGUGGAAGCAACGGACCUAGCAGAACCUGUGACUUUUCAAGACGCGAUCAAUGGUCCUGAUCAAGCUCACUGGCGAAAUGCUGUGAAGGCGGAACUCAAGUCGAUGCAUCUUCGUGGAGUUUUCCGUGCGGCAAAACUGCCAAGAGGCCAAGGCGCGAUCGGCACCAAGUGGCUGUUCAAGAUCAAGCGCAAAGCGGAUGGAUCGGUCGAGAAAUACAAGGCGCGUCUCGUUGCCAAGGGCUUCAAGCAGAAGUACGGCAUCGACUACACAGAGACGUUCUCGCCCGUGGUCAAGUACGUGACGCUGCGUAUGGUGAUCGCGAUCACCAAGUAUUUCGACUGGCCACUGGACCAACUCGAUGUGGUGACAGCCUUUCUCUACUGA